AUGGACGGCGAAACGUUAGACGUCUGCGAGCGCGUCGUGGAUCCAGACGAGACGCGGAAUGACGCCGCAGAGGGUUUUAGAGAUUUGCAAUCCGCGUACGCUUCCUCUCGCAGGCGGGAAGCCGCCACAGGUGUCGAUCGAUGCGUCGCGACGCCGGCCGAGGGGGCGUCGAAUGCCGGCUGCGUGCGACAUACCCGUACAACACAACGCUACAUAUACCGCGGCUGCACCCGC